AUGAAGAAAUCGUCCAAAGAUGGUGUUGAUUCGCACGAGAUGGCCCCUGGGGCUUUCACUGUCGGCCAAGUACUCGAAGACAACUCGGUGACCCACGAUGCUGUCUUUGGCGACAUCACGACGGACGGCCCUAACUACCGCGACGUUGGAUGGCUAGGGACAUCGAUUCUGAUGAUGAAGACUCAGAUUGGUCUCGGCGUCUUAUCCAUGCCGUCCAUAUUUCAUGUUCUUGGAAUAGUUCCAGGCGUGAUAAUUCUAUGCUCCAUCGCCGGUAUUACCACUUGGUCAGACUACAUGGUUGGCGUAUUUAAACUUAGCCAUCCGCAAGUGUACGGUAUGGAUGAUGUCGGAGAUCUAUUGUUCGGCCGUAUUGGACGUGAAGUCUUUGGGGGCUUCUUUGUUCUAUUCUUCACUUUUACUGCCAGUUCAGCGAUGAUUGGAGUUUCCACAGCUCUUAAUGCCGUAUCCCACCAUGGCACCUGCACUGCAGUAUUUGUUGCCAUCGCUGCCAUUGCGAGCUUUGGUCUCUCGAGUAUACGGACAUUGGGCCGAAUGAGCUGGCUGGCAUGGGUCGGUGUAGCGAGUAUUAUGGCAUACCAAAGACUAACAUCCAGGACAGUCUUUACCGUGACAAUCGCCGUCGGCAUUCAAGACCGUCCAGCUGCUGCACCUCAAACGGGCGAGUUCAAGUCUGACUACAAAAUCAUCAACAACCCUAGCUUUACCAAAGCCAUUGCUUCCAUAUCAUCCAUCGUCUUCUCGUACGCCGGCACCGGUGCCUUUUUCCCAAUCGCCGCAGAAAUGCGUGAUCCACGAUACUAUACUCGUGCUCUGCUGCUCUGCCAGAGUGUCGUCACUGCUGUUUAUGUCGCAGUUGGCGUUGUUGUAUACUACUACUGCGGAUCCUACGUGUCUUCGCCCGCCCUCGGAUCCGCUGGGCCGUUGGUCAAGAAGGUCGCUUAUGGUCUCGGCCUCGCCGGGUUGCUCGCCUCUUCCACCCUGGUCACCCACCUGGCCAGCAAGAAUGUGUUUGUCCGCAUUCUUCGGGGAUCGAAGCACCUCACUGCCAAUAGCGUCAUUCACUGGGUCACCUGGAUUGGAUCUACCUUUGGAACCACAUUGGUGGCGUAUCUAGUUGCCAGCGGAAUUCCGGUUUUCAACAGUCUCAUUUCUCUUGUUGGUGCUCUUCUAGGAACUUUCAUGUCCUUCCAGCCGAUGGGUUGCAUGUGGCUUUACGACAACUGGAGCAAGGGCAAGGAGAACCCCACAUUAAGAUGGCGACUUAUGGUGGUUUGGAGUCUGUUCGUCAUACUUUUGGGAACCUUUCUCAUGAUUGCGGGAACCUACAGUGCUAUCGUGGGCAUCAUCGAUGACUACAAGAAAUCAGGCGGUUCAGCAGUCUGGUCAUGUGCCGAUAACUCCGGCACAGUUUAG